AUGUUGGAAGCGUGGAACCAUAUCAGAUCAAGAAGAAACGAUGCCAUCGAUGCCAAAGAUAUGGCCAUUUGGCUUGGUCAUGUCGAGAACGGGCACGAUGUGGGCACUGUGCCGGCCAACAUCAACAACAGAACUGCCUACCAAAUACGGCUCCGCGUUGUAUCGACUGUGGUGGACCGCAUCCGGUGGGAAGCAAAGGAUGUCGAACUGGCGGUGUUGAUGACACAGUCACCACAGAAACAGGUGCCGACCGACAAGAUGCUCCCGCCGGGAGUGAUCAAUAUAGGCCACAAAUGCGAAACAGGAUUAGCAAUGCGUUUGCGUGAACGGAGGAAGGUACGAGUGAAUUGA